UAUGUAUUCAUUAGUCGAUAAAUAGUAAUCGAUUACUCUCCUUAAUUGUCCCGCUUCGACUACACUCGGUUUUAGUGCUUGUGGUGUUUUAAGCGUAACAGACAAAGUGACUAAAGCUAUGGAUAAAUUUAAUUUUGAACAAAAAUUCAAACUAGGUAUAGCAAUACGAGAAGGAAAAAAAGUACGGGUACUUGAAUUGGUGAAUGAUCCAGUUACUUUAACUGUUUUGGGAGUCUAUAACUAUGUAAUGAAAAUUCAAGUACCCAAAUGUAUCACGUUCGGCGAUAUCAUUAAAGUAUAUUGUAGAAAAAUGGCAAUAAUACCGGAAAACCAUAGAUUUUUUUAUAUGGGCGAACGCCUAAAAAAUGAAGCUACCCCAUUCACAAUGAAUAUGAACGAUGGUGCUAUCAUAGAAGUCUAUUCUACCCAGAUUGGAGGCGGUAUGGAAAGCUAUUAGAAGUAUUAAUUAUAAUGGUUUUAUCAUAUCACAAUUUAAUGCAUAGCAGCUUUAUAAUUUCCUGCUAAUUUAUAAUAUAAAAAAUU